UCUCUGUUGCACCAUUUCGCAAACUUUGUCAAAUCACUAGCUCUUUCGAGUAAAUAUCCACUUCUUUAUAAAACCAUCACCGCUUGUUUCGUUAUUUUUAUCAUUUUCAUAUUGUCUGUUCUAACAGUUAAUCUCCUUGUUUGUUAAAGAAAUUAAAUUAAUGGCUGCCAAGAUUGGAUCUCUUAGGCAUAAUUUUGCAGAAACUAGUAAAGAAAGAUUGCUUUCUCGAAAUAAUAUAUAUUCGAAUUUUGGCCUAAACAGCUCAGAAGGCGGAGAUGAUCAAGAUGGAUCAUUUAAAUGUCGGUGUUUUCUAUCAUUUUCUGAUUGGAUCAUCAACUUAUGGGGUAGAACAAAAGCUGCUGCUAUUGAGUUAUAUAACAUGGGUCGUACAGAUCCUCGAAAAGUUGUGUUUGGUAUCAAGAUGGGGUUGUCACUUGCUCUUGUUUCUCUUGUUAUUUUCUUUAAAGAACCUCUCAAGAUCAGGAAUGUUAAUCAGUACUCUAUCUGGGCUAUUCUCACUGUCGUUGUAGUUUUUGAGUUCAGUGUAGGUGCAACACUUAACAAAGGAUUCAAUCGUGCUUUAGGGACAUUUUCUGCUGGUGGACUUGCUCUUGGCAUUGCAGAGUUGUCCUUGUUUGCUGGAAAAUUUCAAGAAGUAUUUGUCACAUUCAGUAUUUUCAUAGCAGGAUUUUGUGCAAGUUACAUAAAGCUAUAUCCAACUAUGAAGUCUUAUGAAUAUGGGUUUCGAGUUUUUUUAUUGACAUACUGUAUAGUUAUGGUGUCAGGGAGCUCAACGACUUUUGUCGAAACAGCUUUUUACAGAUUAUUGCUUAUUGCAAUAGGUGCUGGAAUAGGCUUGGGCGUGAACAUUUGUGUCUUUCCAAUAUGGGCAGGGGAAGAUUUGCAUAAAUUAGUAGUGGAAAAUUUCAGGGGUGUUGCAAGUUCCUUGGAAGGUUGUGUUAAUGGAUACUUGCAAUGUGUGGAAUAUGAGAGAGUCCCUUCAAAAAUUCUAACAUACCAAGCCUCUGACGAUCCAUUGUACAGUGGAUACAGAUCAGCUGUACAAUCUAGUAGCAAAGAGGAAUCUUUGUUAGAUUUUGCAAUAUGGGAGCCACCUCAUGGUCCUUACAGAUCAUUCAAAUAUCCUUGGAAAAAUUAUGUAAAACUAAGUGGAGCCCUGAGACAUUGUGCCUUCAUGGUCAUGGCAAUGCAUGGGUGCAUUCUUUCAGAAAUUCAGGCACCACCAGAAAAGAGGCAAGUGUUUAGCAGUGAACUUCAAAGAGUAGGUAAUGAGGGAGCUAAAAUAUUGCGAGAGCUUGGAAACAAAGUUGAAAAAAUGGAAAAAUUAAGUCCAGGAGAUCUGCUACUAGAAGUGCAUGAAGCAGCAGAAGCAUUACAAAUGAAAAUAGAUCAAAAAUCUUACAUUCUGAUAAAUGCAGAGAAUUGGGUAGCAGAAAAACCACCUAGAGAAUUUGUAGACCCUGAAAAUUUUAAUGAAGUCAAAGACAAUGAAGCAUGGGAUGUUCAGAAUCAAAAAUUGAGCAAAAAUCAUUCCAUGCCAGAAUGGAUUUCAUCAGACAGUAUGUCUGAAAGACCAGUGUGGUCACAAAUGUCGUUUACUGGUGUUUCUUUCCUUGCUAAACAAGAACCGAGAGUUUAUGAGAGUGCAAGCUCUUUCUCCUUAGCAACAUUUGUAUCAUUGUUGAUAGAGUUUGUUGCUAGACUUCAAAAUCUUGUGGAUGAAUUUGAAGAGCUCAGUGAGAAAGCAGAUUUCAAGAACCCAUUACAAGGAAAAACAGAGGUUGGAUGUUGGACUAGACUAAAAAGAUGGUUCCAGUUUAACAAGUAAUUGAAAUGUUUUCCCAUAAUUUCUUUGGUCUUGGAGAGCAUACUUCAAGUUUUGAUGAACCCUUUUUCUUGGUUUUUACUUUUCCCAAUGCAAGAACCAGUAGAAUAACUAUUUUUAGAUUAUGAUGAAAUGUAGAUUUGAAGUAUUGUUCCUUUAAAUUUUACUUGGAUAAUCUCAAAUUUUGACUCAA